GGCCAUGUUGUUGUGUGGGGGUUGAUAUCUGAUCCAUCCAGGAGAGGAGAGGAGGGGGGAGAAAGAGAGAAUACUCCCCAGAAAAGGACGCUGAUUUGUGGAAGCAGGGCGAGACGAUGGGCUGCAUUAAGAGCAAAGAGGACAAAGGCCCUAGCCUGAAUUAUCGGCCAGAGAACUCCCAGAUGUCAGACCCCAACGCCGCCGCCGCCACCGCCAUGCCUCACGUAGGCCACUAUGGACCGGAUCCCACCCAGCUGCAGCAGAAUCAACCUCCUUCAUCCUCAUCUGCCUCUGGGGCUGCAAACUUCAACCACACCCUCACGCCGUUUGGCGGGUCCUCUGCCAUGACUCCCUUUGGAGGGGCGUCCUUCUCUGGUCCAGUGUCCAACUCGUUCUCUGGUGCUGUUUCAAAGUUUCCAUCAUGCAUCAUGGGUGGCGUUACAUUCUUUGUGGCCUUGUACGACUAUGAAGCCAGAACAUCAGACGAUCUUUCUUUUAAAAAGGGCGACCGCUUCCAGAUCAUCAACAAUACAGAAGGAGACUGGUGGGAGGCUCGCUCCAUCAACACGGGGAAGAAAGGUUACAUCCCGAGCAAUUACGUCGCUCCAGCGGACUCCAUCCAGGCUGAAGAGUGGUACUUUGGUAAAAUGGGACGUAAAGACGCUGAGAGGUUGCUGCUGAAUCCAGGGAAUCAUCGAGGAACUUUUCUGGUGCGAGAAAGUGAAACUACUAAAGGUGCUUACUCUCUCUCCAUUCGCGACUGGGACGAAGCCAAAGGAGACAAUGUGAAACACUACAAGAUCCGCAAACUUGACAACGGGGGAUAUUACAUCACCACACGGGCGCAAUUCGACACAUUACAGAAGCUUGUCAAACACUACACAGAACAUGCGGACGGGCUUUGCCACAGGCUGACCACCGUUUGCCCCACAGUGAAGCCUCAGACUCAAGGGCUCGCUAAGGACGCCUGGGAGAUUCCCCGGGAGUCCCUGCGACUGGAGCUCAAACUGGGCCAGGGCUGCUUCGGAGAAGUCUGGAUGGGCACGUGGAACGGCACCACCAAAGUAGCCAUAAAGACGCUGAAACCAGGAACCAUGUCGCCCGAGGCUUUCCUCCAAGAGGCUCAGAUCAUGAAGAAGCUCAGACACGACAAACUGGUGCCUCUUUACGCCGUGGUGUCCGAGGAGCCCAUCUAUAUCGUCACAGAGUACAUGGCCAAAGGCAGCCUGCUCGACUUCCUCAAAGAAGGUGAUGGCAAAUUCCUGAAGCUGCCCCUGCUGGUGGACAUGGCUGCACAGAUCGCUGACGGCAUGGCUUUCAUCGAGAGGAUGAACUACAUCCACAGGGACCUGCGCGCCGCCAACAUCCUGGUGGGAGACAACCUGGUGUGCAAGAUCGCCGACUUCGGUCUGGCCAGGUUGAUAGAGGACAAUGAGUACACAGCGAGGCAAGGAGCCAAAUUCCCUAUUAAAUGGACGGCACCGGAGGCAGCUCUGUACGGCCGAUUCACCAUCAAGUCAGACGUCUGGUCCUUUGGCAUCUUACUCACUGAGCUUGUCACCAAAGGCAGAGUGCCCUACCCAGGCAUGGUGAACCGGGAGGUGCUGGAGCAGGUGGAGCGAGGCUACCGCAUGCCCUGCCCCCAGGGCUGCCCCGAAUCUCUGCACGAGAUGAUGAAGCUCUGCUGGAAGAAGGAGCCGGACGAGAGGCCCACCUUCGAGUACCUGCAGUCCUUCCUGGAGGACUACUUCACGUCCACGGAGCCACAGUACCAGCCUGGAGAGAACCUAUAGCCUGCCUGGACUCUGAUGAUGGGGGAAGACUUGUUUAAAACAGGCAGGAGGACAUGAGCGCCGAACUGUUCGACUCUUUAAAAGAAAGUCGGCCUGAAACCACAUAAACCACUACUUCAUCCGAGCUGUUCUUCAGUGUUU